AGCAUUAUCUCAGGUUUGAACAGUAUAAAAGAAUAAAUAAGUUUAUGAAUUUAUUAGUGCUUUAUAAAGUUCAAAACUUUACUGCUAAACUCAGAAAAAAAUAUAAGGUAUGAUUCUUUCGAUUGUAUCUAUUCUUUUUGCUGGAUAUCUGGCCUCCUGUAGCAGGGGAUCUGUUUCUGCAGAAACAACUGCUGUACUUCUAGGAGGAAGAAGCUUAGGUGGGAAAACUGAAUCAUAUCCCUGUGAUGUGGCAAUAGGAGAUAUUGGUUAUUAUCUAGCAGGACUAGGAGCUGCAGUUCUGAAUGGACAGAUUGUUUACUGCGGGGGAAGAGAUAAUGAUAAUGAAUACCGCAGAAACUGCUUCAAGAAUGAGGGAAUGGACUGGAUAGAGUUUGAAAGUAUGAAUGUGGCUAGAAUAGACUUUACCCUGACUACACUAGGAGACAAGAUACUUGCUGCAGGAGGAUAUAAUUCAAAGGAGGGGAGAACUGCUACUGUGGAGGUGUUUGAUGGAUCCUCCUGGAAGCUUCAAAACUAUGAAUUGACAUCUGUCAGAAAUUUACACUGUGCUGUUCCUAUCAGUGAGAGUCAAGUCAUGCUGCUUGGAGGAUUUUCUAACGGCUACUUAUCUCUUGUUGAAGUCUACAGUAUUGAAGAGGGAUUCAUUGCAGAGCUUCCAUCAAUGCCAACUGCAAGGUAUGGACUAGGAUGCAGCAUGUUUAAGGGGGAAAUAUGGACAGCUGGGGGAUACAAUGGUGGAUCUCUAGAUGUUGUAGAAGUACUCACACCAGGGUUUACAGGGGGGACCUGGAGGAGUGGCCCUAAGCUGACCAAGAGUAGAUACUACCUAACAAUGGAGGUGUUGGACAACAGCCUGGUAGUAUUUGGAGGUGUCGGUGGUGGAGUUGCAAACAGCCUGGAGAUCCUUCAGGGUGAAGAGUGGAGGGAGGAACCUCUGCAAUAUAGACAUACAGACCAUGCCUCUGUAUCAAUUCCUUGUAAUUGAUACAGAGAUGUAUAUUCAUUCUAUUGUAAUUAAUAAUUUGAUUUAAAAUAUUGUCUUUUCUUAAAAUAAAUUGGAUUUAAUGCA